ACGUAAUCUUUGUGGGACCGUUUGUUUACAUCAUGGCGUCGGUGGAUUUCAGAGACAACCUUCUCGGAAUAUCCUGGGUGGACAGUGGUUGGGUACCGAUUCUUAAUCCUGGAAAUGUCCUGGACUACUUCUCCGAGAGAAGCAACCCCUUCUACGACCGAACCUGUAAUAAUGAGGUAGUGAAGAUGCAGCGGCUCACUCUGGACCAUCUGAAUCAGAUGGUGGGAGUGGAGUACAUUCUUCUUCAUGCUCAGGAGCCAAUUCUUUACAUAAUCCGUAAACAACAGAGACAGUCACCAACACAAGUGAUCCCAUUGGCUGACUACUACAUCAUAGCAGGAGUGGUGUAUCAGGCCCCAGACCUGGGAACAGUCAUCAGCUCCAGAGCGCUCUCUGCAGUCCAUGGGAUCCAGUCUGCUUUUGAUGAAGCCAUGUCAUACUGCCGCUAUCAUCCAUCAAAGGGAUACUGGUGGCACUUCAAGGACCAGGAGGAGAGAGAAAAAGUCAAGCCCAAGUCUAAAAAGAAGGAAGAGCCUAGUUCUCUGUUUCAGAGGCAUCGUGUCGACACGCUCCUUCUGGACCUCAGGUCAAAAUUUCCACCAACCUUCUAUCAGCCUAAACCUGGCGAGAAGCCUAUUCCAGUUGAGGUGAAGAAAGAGCCUGAACCUCCCACAGAAACUCUGAAACAAGAGGAGAGGGAACCGGCCGCAAAGUCCUCCGCCCCAGCUCCACCAAGUAAACCUCCACCUGAGAAGAGAGCCCGGCUACAGUGACGGCCGUAACGCUCGGAGAAGAUGGAACGGUGCAGUGAAAAGUCCUGCAGCAGUAACACGAAGAACCACUCGAGACGACGGGGAGUAUUUCUGUUUCCUUCCCAAAUCUGCAAGAUCGUCUGCCGCUCUGCUCGUCUGCUCGGUUUACAGAGUGCUAAGAAUGAACUGGCACAAAAAGUGUCCCUCGCUUGUCUCGCUGCCAGGACUACUUUUACUCUGCAACCGUAGUCAUUUAUACUUGAUAGGCUUGGCACCAUGGAUGCUUCAGACACGUGUUCUACAAACAUGGGUCGACCGCUCGAUGUCAGCAGCUAUUUCGCAGUGGAUGAGGUUUUUUUGAUGAUGAGCUGACCUCAGCGGUGGUGUCAUCUUACUGUUGACAUCAGCGUAACGUUCAUGAGGACCGUUUGACUGUCUGCUUAACAGGGAGAUGGUUUCUCAUCAGGAAAGCAAACAUUUCACUAGAAUGACUCACAUCUGUUUUUUUUGUAUUAAAACAUUAUUAGUUACUGUA